AUGAAAGUGAGCAAAUUAGAAUUUGUUUCACCAAACCGAUCAUUGAACUCUUGCCACUAUACUGGAUCCACGCUGGGCACCCUGCUUCCGAAACUUGGCCAGCUGCUCCAGGAUGAGUACAACCUGCACAAGGGAGUAAAGAAGGACAUCGUGUUCGUCACAAGAGAACUCGAGAGCAUGCGUGCCGCCCUCCGCGACAUUGGAGAGGUGCCACAGGCGCAGCUUAAAGAAGCAGUCAAGAUCUGGGCUCGGGAUGUUCGGGAGCUCUCCUAUGACAUGGAGGACAUAGUUGACACCUUCUUUGUGCGUGUUCAAGGCUCUGAACCUCCCAGCAAAAGGAGCAUCAAAAGAUUCAUCAAGAAGAUGACAACUAUUGUGGGGAAGGCCAAGACUAUCCAUGAGAUUAGCCAAGCGAUCAAGGACAUCAAGGAGCGUGUCAAGGACGUGGCCGAGCGACGUGACAGGUACAAGGUUGAUGCUAUUGCUCCUACCAAAACCUCAGUGGACCCUCGCAUAACAGCUCUGUACACUAAAGCGGCUAGCCUUGUUGGCAUUGAUGAGCCAAGGGAAGAGCUGAUAUCGCGGUUGACAAGAGAACAUGGUGGCAUGUCGUCUGCUGAACAAAGGAUAGUCUCUAUUGUUGGCUUUGGAGGACUAGGCAAGACAACGCUUGCUAAAGCAGUUUAUGACAAGCUUAAACCGCAAUUCAAUUGCACGGCUUUUGUAUCAGUGUCUCGUGAUCCGGACAUUAUGAAAGUUCUGAAGGACAUUCUUUAUGAGCUUGACAAGAAAGAGUACAAGGACAUCCACAACACCGCAUUGGGUCAACAGCAUCUCACCGAUCUUGUCCAUGAAUUCCUCAAAAAUAAGAGGUACCUCAUUGUUAUAGAUGAUAUAUGGGAUACAGAACCAUGGGAGAUAAUAAGAUGUGCUCUACCUGAGAAUGUCCUGAAAAGCAGAAUAAUCACAACUACACGCAUAAUUGAUGUUGCUGAGCAUGUUGGCGGUUGCUACAAGCUGAAACCUCUUACUCACCUCAACUCCAAAAUGUUAUUCUAUGGACGGAUAUUUGGCUCCGAAAGCGAUUGUCCUAAACAGUUUUCUGAUGUAUCUCAAAAAUUUUUGAAGAAAUGCGGAGGUGUGCCAUUAGCUAUUCUUACAACAUCUAGCUUGCUGGCUAAUAAGUCAAGAAAUAUAAAAGUGUGGUAUGACGUGUGUGAGUCAGUUGGUAAGGGACUAGCAAACAAUCCUAGCAUUGAUGGUAUGAGGAAGAUAUUGCUGCUUAGCUAUUAUGAUCUGACACCCACUUUAAAGACAUGUUUACUGUACCUAAGUAUAUUUCCGGAAGAUUAUGCCAUUUGGUGGGAUCGGUUGAUACUGAGGUGGAUAGCUGAAGGAUUUGUCCAACAAGGAGAUGGGAGGCAGAGCUUAUAUGAGAUUGGACAGAGUUAUUUCAAUGGGCUUCUAAAUAGAAGCCUGAUCCAGCCAGCAGACAUGGAUGAGGAUGAGAUGAAUCCUUUUUCUUGCCGGGUUCAUGAUAUGGUGCUUGAUCUCAUUUGCUCCUUGUCGAGAGAAGAAAAUUUUUUCUACCACCAUAAAUUGCAAUCUUCAUCAUCAUCCAAGUCUAGAGUUUGUUGGUAUAUUAUUUCACCUGAGGUAUCUAAGCCUAGCAGAUACUGGAUAUGCUGGCGAGCUCCCAAGGGAGAUAGGGAAGCUACAGUUUUGCAGACAUUGGACUUCCAAGGAACUUGUAUAAAAGAAGUGCCAUUGAGUAUCUUCAGGCUGAGACAAUUAAUGAGCCUUGAUGUUGGGGACAGUUCAAGGCUGCCAACCACAAGUGGGUUGAGAAAUCUAUCAUCUCUGGAGCAGCUACACAUGAAUGUGGAUUCUACAAACAUUGCAGAAGAGCUGGGCCAUCUGACGCAACUGAGGGUGCUAUGGGUUAUGCUCAGAAAUUACAAGGAAGGCAGAUGGGAUGAAAGCAUGUGCAGAGUUCUGUUGGGGUCCCUUGGCAAACUACACAAAAUCCAAACUCUAAAAGUAGUAAUCUCAGAUGACGUGGAAGUUGAUCUUGAACGCUCAGUGGACUCCCUGUGGAACCUAUCUCGGCUUGUUAUUUAUGGAACCAGUCGGUUGCCGACAUGGAUCGAUCCCGCGUCAUUUCUCCUCCUAUCCUACCUGCGCAUAAAGGUGGGUCAAGUUAGAAGUGAGGACAUCCAAGUCCUCUGCAUGCUGCAGGCUCUUCGUGUUCUGGACGUGAAAGUGGCUGGCGCCAAACAAGUGUUUGAAAGGUUCAUGAUUAGGGCAGAUGCCUUCCCAUGUUUGACGCGGUGCAAAUUCUCUGGGUUUUCAACGGUGCCAUCUAUGUUCCCACCUGGAGCUAUGCCCAUGCUUCAACGUUUUCAAUUCUAUAUCCGAGCAGAGGAUUUCGGGGAUAGUGAAUUUACUGUUGACGACCUGACCAUAAGCCACCUUCCGUCCCUUCGUACAGUUCGGGUUCACCUUGAUGGAGACGAGACAGUCAGUGAAGAGUUGGCAAUGAAAGUAAAAGAUGCGCUGAGGAACGAGGCACGUGCCCACCCCAACCAUCCUGAAAUUUGUAUGGGAAUUGAUGGCCAAUGGAUCCUGCUUUGCAUGUACGUAAUCCUCUUCCUUUUUCCGGUUCUUUAG